GACGCCAUGAUGGAUCAGGCGCGGACAAGCCGCCUCUGGCACCGAAACCCAAGCUAGCCCGGCGACAGCCGACGGCGGCGUCUCCCCCGACGCCCAGAAAAGAAGUCCCGUCGCGGCAGUCUCCCGGCCCCCCGAGGAAGACGAGACCGCUGCCGGCGCCCAAACCCAACCUCGCCGAGCCCAACUCCAAAGCCGCCGCUUCAAAGGCCCGCGCGACGAGCGCGGCCAAAAGCCCGCCUCUGGUCGGCCUCCUGAACCCCCAAAACGCAACACGGAAUGACGACAAAAAGCCCAACUGGGAUUACAUCAUUCCCAUUUGUCUGUGCAGCCAGAAAAACUGUCGCUGCAUCCGCGACGGUCACAUCGACCAAACGGAGAGACGCUUUCCGACCGCGCCCGCAUCUGCGGAGAGAAAGAGCGGCCAUCCGAAGAGAGACGAUGGCCACCUCGCAAGCCCCAAAGCUCCCCGAGACCCUUCGCCGGCUCCCGCCGAGAACCUGCGGCAAAACUUGAACACCUCUCGUCCGCCGAUGAGAGUUGGACAGCUUGUACUCAGAAGCUCCGGCGGCCAUCGGGCAAACGCCCACGCCGCAACCCGGGACGCCAGCGAGCGUUGUCUGGAGGAAGACGCCGAUGAGGCUAGGCGAAAAAAAUCACCGCCGACCGUCCCCGUCCCGGUUCCGCGGAGACACAAAAACAGCUCGCUGGCGUGCCAGGAAAAGGGGGCGCGGGAGAGGGAGGAAAUCCCGGCCCAGGAAGGGAGCGACGGGAAAGGCGGCCAAAGCCCAGCGUGGCCGCCCCCGACGCCCAGGACCAAGCCUUAUCUCGCCGCGCCCGAAAGAGGCUCGAGUCCGGCUCGGCCGGCGCUCCGAAGCGACGUGGACGAAGAAGACCUGGGCUGCGACGGCCCCGCCUACGACACGGAACUCUCCGUCGACAAGGAAGAUGAGGAGCUGGAGGGAGAGAGGGAAGGAAGGCGCCACCGCGAGGCCUCCAACAAUUGCGCGGACAACCGCCACGGAGCGGCCCAUCUCGUCGCCGUCGCGCUGCCGGCGAACGACGGCGCGAUGGCGUGGACGAAGACGGAAAUUCCUGAGGUCGGAGAAGCUCUGAAAUCUGCAGCUCGUGUGACGAAUCCUUCGAGUGUCGCGGCGGAUCUUCCCCCGCCUCCAGAGAAGACGGCGAGAACGCAUGAAAGCAGGCCCGCGCCGCUGCGACGACACAGUUCCUUCUCCGGGACGGAGCGAGUCCGUCCCGAGGGAAGGCGGAGCUCUUUCAGGAAGCUGCUGGAUCUCAAGCUGUCGGCCGCCAUGCGGCCCCAGCUCGGGCCGAAAGGCUCGCCCACGCCCGAUGAGCGGGACGGACCCCGCCAUCCCCGCGGCGCGCCGCCGCAACGCUUCUCCCCGCUGCUCGGCGUGGAGCAAAGCGUCGACGGAGAAGAGCCGGACGCCAACUACGAGAACAUUUGCUACUACGAGGAGAUCUCCGAUUACGAGAACAUCUACUUUGCCGGCUCGGACGCUUCCGGUGCCGCCUGCCAGAGUUUGUACGACGACGACGGCAUUUACGAGGAACCCGAGGUGUAUUUGUCCCCAGAUAAGAAGAGCGACGACGACAGAAGUUCUCUGAGCGAAGAGGUGGACGACGGCACUUCCGAUGACGACCUGCUGCUGCCUUUUUCCGACGAGGACGACGAGGAAGAUGAGAGCUCGCUCUCCAGUAAAGGGGACGCCGAGCAACCGGAGAUGGCGAGUGGCCCCGCGAAGCGCAAGAUCCAUCACAUCGCCACUGAAAUGAUGACCUCCGAGAAAGCGUUUGUCGACGUCCUGAAGCUGCUUCAUGUGGACUUCCGCGACGCCGUGGCCAAAGCGUCGCGUCAGAACGGCAAAGCCGUCAUCGAGGAGCGCGCGCUGGAGCGGAUCCUCUACUACCUGCCGCAACUCUACAAACUCAACCGGGACCUGCUGCAGGAGCUGCGCGAUCGACUGGACAAAUGGGAUGAAAAGGAGCAGGUGGCCGACAUCUUCCUGAAGGUGGGCCCCUACCUGAAGAUGUACUCCACGUACAUCCGCGAGUUUGACAAGAACGCGGCGCUGCUGGAAGAGCAGAGCAGGAAGAAUCCGCCUUUCGCCGCCGUCGUGCGAGAAUUCGAGGCCAGUCCGCGUUGCGCCAACUUGGCUCUGAAGCACUACCUCCUCAAGCCCGUUCAAAGGAUUCCUCAGUAUCAACUCCUGCUCCGAGACUAUUUGAGGAACCUGUCCAAAGACUCGGCCGAUUACAAGGACACGCAAGAUGCUCUGGCGAUUGUUGAGGAGGUGGCCAAGCACGCCAACGACAUCAUGAAGCAAGGGGACAACUUCCAGAAGCUGAUGCAGGUGCAGGCGAGCCUGAAUGGCCACCGCGAGAUCGUCCAGCCCGGCAGGACCUUCCUGAAAGAGGGCGUCCUCAACAAGCUGUCCAGGAAAGUCAUGCAGCCCAGAAUGUUCUUCCUGUUUAACGACAGCUUGCUGUACACCACGCCUCUUCAGUCGGGCCAGUACAAGUUCAACAACCUGCUGUCUCUGGCGGGGAUGAAGGUGAGUCGGCCCAGCCAAGAGGCCUGCCAGAAUGAGUUCAUCGUGGAGAGCGUGGAGCGCUCCUUCAUUCUCUCGGCCGGUUCGGCGUCGGAGAGAGACGAGUGGCUCCAGGCCAUCUCCGCAGCCAUCGGUGAUUACACCAAGAAAAAGAUCACUUUCAUAUCCGGGAAGUCCUUCGACGAGGUCCAACUGAGCGACGGCGACAGCGCUUCUUUGGGCGCCAAAGCUCCCAUUUGGAUCCCGGACCCCCGCGCUACCAUGUGCAUGAUCUGCACCUGCGAAUUCACGCUGACGUGGAGGCGCCACCACUGUCGAGCCUGCGGCAAGGUGGUGUGCCAGUCAUGUUCCUCCAACAAGCGAAGCCUGGAGUACCUGAAGAACCAGUUGGCAAGAGUGUGCGACCAGUGUUACCUCGUCCUGCGGGAGCAGGAGCACCAAAGCCAAGAAGAUCUCUCCGCGGCCGCACUUCCCAAAGCCUCCUUUGCUUUCUCUCGCAAACACAAGCGAAUACCAGCAGCCCCCAAAGAGGUGACGGCCAGCACCGACAACUCCUCCAUGAGUGGCUAUUUGCAGCGGUCCAAGGGCAAAAAGAAGCAGGGCAAGCGCUUGUGGUUCGUCAUCAAAGACAAGGUUCUGUACACCUACGCCGCCAUGGAGGACGUGGCCGCCAUGGAGAGUCAACCACUUUUGGGCUUCGUUUUAAAAGUCGACUCGUCGCAAAAGUCGCAGUUCAAGCUUUACCACAAAAACACCCUCUACUACAAUUUCAAAGCGGAUGACGUCCAAACAGCCCAGAGGUGGAUCAACACAUUCCGAGAAUCAGCAAUACUGUAGUAGCUGGGGACUGACUGCGUGAUGUUGACAUUUCAGCGGUGGCCUGGCCGUUUUUUACCUCAGUGCUCCCGGAGGGACACCACAUCUGUUCUCUUGAGAUAGGAUGAAACCACUUGAAGGCUUUUUGCCCUACUUCCUGACAGAACAUUUUCUGGGCAUCUAUUGUUGCUUUGGUAUACAACAGGAGCAUUUUU